GAGACGCAAUUUGUGGCACUUUGCUAUUUGACCGGCGAAUGUAACUACGGCGGCCGCGUUACUGACGAGUGGGACCGGCGUACGUUGAAGACGAUUCUGAGCAAGUUUUACCGCAAAGACAUCGUGGAGAAUGAGAACUACAAAUUUGACGAUAGUGGCAUGUAUUAUGCACCCCCGACACAGCAUGUAAGCAUCCUCUUUAAUCUUUUUACAGCACUCCACGUCAUGUUAAUGACUCAGCGGUCGCCUUAUUGUGUCCUCAUUUUCUGUCUAAGUUACCGUAGUUGA